UAUACAUGCGGUGUUUGGCGAGCUUAUUAACUUUCAAUGAGUGUGUGUGUUUGAUUGAUGAGUUGGUUUUUAUUGAAUAAAAAAUUCUAUUCUUUUGUGUGUUUUUUGUUUUGUGGAUAAAAAAAAAGUAAUCGAUUCCGAUUCCUGACGAUCACGAUAACAACCGAAGAAAAAAGAACAAGUCAGUCAGAAUCCAUCUUCUACUGAAGAAAAUUAUAAACAUUCUUGAUGGUGGUAAACGAAAAUAAAGCCGGUUCAUCGAAAUCAUCAAAAGAAAUGAUUUCAAAUGAACAACAACAAUGUGUUGGUGGUAAUAAUACUAAACCAAAUGGUUUAAAAAGUCGGUUAUUAUUAUUACAAGUAACCAUAUUGGGUCUUGCAUGGUUAGCCGGUUUUUGUUGCCGUUUAUUUGCUGUGAUACGUUUUGAAAGUAUCAUUCAUGAAUUUGAUCCAUGGUUUAAUUAUCGUGCAACACAUUAUAUGGUUACAAAUGGAUUCUAUAAUUUUCUUAAUUGGUUUGAUGAACGAGCUUGGUAUCCAUUAGGUCGUAUUGUUGGUGGUACUGUUUAUCCUGGUUUAAUGUUAACAUCUGGUCUAAUACAUUAUAUAUUGGAUAUAUUACACAUUCCUAUUCAUAUUCGAGAUAUUUGUGUAUUUCUUGCACCAAUAUUUUCCGGUUUAACAGCUAUCGCUACAUAUUUACUUACAAAAGAACUUUGGAAUGAAUCGGCUGGUUUAUUUGCUGCAUGUUUUAUUGCUAUUGUUCCGGGUUAUAUUUCACGUUCAGUUGCCGGCAGUUAUGAUAAUGAAGGAAUUGCUAUAUUUGCAUUAAUGUUUACAUAUUAUCUUUGGGUUAAAACAGUAAAAACUGGUUCAGUAUUUUGGGCAACAUUAACAGCAUUAUCAUAUUUAUAUAUGGUUUCUGCUUGGGGUGGUUAUGUAUUCAUUAUCAACUUAAUUCCAUUACAUGUAUUUUUUCUACUAUUAAUGGGACGAUAUUCUAAUCGUAUUUAUGUUGGUAAGUUUAUUAUUUUCUUUAAUAAACCAUUAAAAAACCCAUAUUCUUUUUCAGGUUAUAGCGUAUUUUUUAUAUUAGGAUUAUUGUUUUCAAUGCAAAUACCAUUUGUUGGUUUUCAACCAGUUCGUACUAGUGAACAUAUGGCAUCGGCCGGUGUAUUUGCAUUAUUACAAGCAUAUGCAUUUCUUAAAUAUCUACAAGAAUUUGUUUCAAAAUCACAAUUGAAAACAUUUUUCAUAACAGCUGUUAUUGGUUUUGCUGGUCUUGUAUUUUUAAGUGUUGUUACACUUACAUAUGCUGGUUAUAUUGCACCAUGGAGUGGUCGUUUUUAUUCACUUUGGGAUACUGGUUAUGCAAAAAUUCAUAUACCAAUUAUAGCAUCAGUUUCUGAACAUCAACCAACAACAUGGUUUUCAUUUUUUUUCGAUCUUCAUGUACUUGUUACAGCAUUUCCAGCUGGUCUUUGGUAUUGUAUUCGUGAAGUUAAUGAUGAACGUGUAUUCAUUACCUUAUAUGCAAUUACUGCUUCUUAUUUUGCUGGAGUUAUGGUACGUUUAAUGUUAACAUUUACACCGGUUGUAUGUGUUCUUAGUGCUAUUGCAUUUUCCGAAUGUUUUUCUGGUUGUCUAAUGGAUAAAGAGAAAUCAACAACAAUAACAACACCAACAACAACUCCAACAAUAACAUCAUCUAAAUCUAAGCAACAACAACAACAAAAUGAUGAUGAUCAAAAAAAUGGUCAAAAAAAUCUUUAUGAUAAAGCUGGAAAAAUAAGAAAAAUACGUUCCGAACCAAAAGAAUCUGAUUCAUUAAGUGCUAAUCUACGAACAAUAGCAUCAGUUUUAUUAAUAAUGUUAUUAAUGUUGUUUGUUGUUCAUUGUACUUGGGUAACUAGUAAUGCUUAUUCUAGUCCUAGUAUUGUACUAGCCAGUUAUGGUGGUGAUGGAUCUCGUGUUAUAUUGGAUGAUUUUCGUGAAGCAUAUUAUUGGCUAUCACAAAAUACUGAUGAUGAUGCAAGAGUUAUGUCUUGGUGGGAUUAUGGCUAUCAAAUAGCCGGUAUGGCAAAUCGUACAACAUUAGUUGAUAAUAAUACAUGGAAUAAUAGUCAUAUUGCAUUAGUUGGUAAAGCAAUGUCAUCAAAUGAAAGUGCAGCAUAUGAAAUUAUGAAAGCAUUAGAUGUUGAUUAUGUUUUAGUUAUAUUUGGUGGUGUAAUCGGUUAUUCAGGUGAUGAUAUUAAUAAAUUUUUAUGGAUGGUACGUAUUGCUGAAGGUGAACAUCCGAAUGAUAUACGUGAAAGUGAUUAUUUUACUGAUCGUGGUGAAUUUCGUGUGGAUGCUGGUGGUUCACCAACAUUGCUCAAUUGUCUGAUGUAUAAAUUAAGUUAUUUUCGUUUUGGUGAAUUACAGACUGAUUUUCGUUCACCACAUGGUUAUGAUCGUACUAGACAAACUGAAAUUGGUAAUAAAAAUAUUAAACUUGAACAUCUUGAAGAAGCAUAUACAACUGAACAUUGGUUAGUACGUAUUUAUCGUGUAAAAAAACCAUCAAAUCGUCAAAAAUUACCAUAUUCACAACGUAAAGUUAAACAAACUGGUUUUGUAACGAAAAAGAAUUCCAGAAGAAAGAAGGGUACAAUCAAAACCAAACCACAGGUUAAUCGUGGUAAACGAAUACAAUUGUUUUCCAAAUCUCAAUAAAUUGAAACAAAAAUGGCUUUUCCACCACCACCACCACCGCAAAAAAGAAUGAAAUGAAGGAAUACCAUUG